AGAACAAAGUCGCGGCCGCCCGAUGCCGGAACAAGAAGAAGGAACGGACGGAAUUUCUGCAGCGGACUCAAACUGAAAUAUCAGUUUUUCCUGGGUCUAGAGCCUGCUGGCCUUUGGACUGGAACCACACCAUUGGCUCUCCUGGGUCUCCAGCUUGCCAACUGUAGAUUUUGGAAUUUGCUCUCUAUAAUUUAAAUCUCAACUGUGUCCAGAGAGAUCCUGUUAAAACCUGAGUUAGAGCUCAUCACUCUUCUGCUCUAAAACCUCCAAUGGCUUCUCUUCCGUGGGAGACCACAGACAUGGCCACAAUUCUUUAAAUUCCUCCCAUCAAGAGGUGAAGUCUCUUUCUCAACCCAGAGUGCCUGGGCUGGCCUUGUGACUGUCUUUGUCCAGUAGAAUGUGGCAGAAGGACCGUGGUGGGAAAUCUGAGCCUCAGGAGGCUUUGAAUGCUUCCACUAUUCCUCUUGGAAUCCUGAAGGGCUGUGUUAAUGAGCCCGGGUAAGUAUGUUGGGGGAGGAGAAACCACGUGCAGCAGAACUCUCCUGGCAAAGGCCAUCCUAGACCAGCCAAUGAUCAGCCAAUUUACCAGCUGUCUGAGGACACAUGAUGCAGCCCUGCUGGAGAUCAGCCCAGCACAGCUGCUACCAGAGGAAUCUUCCAGAUGACCCGCCGACUCACAAGCUAACUAAUGGCUGUUGUUUUAAGCCACUGAGAUUCUUUUUCUUUUUUUGUGGUUUGUCAAGGCAGCAAAACUAACUGAUUCAUCAUCAUCUCAUUCAGAGAAACAGUCAAAAAUACUAACUGUAUCCUCCGAAGUGGUAGUCGUAUAAGGUAGGGCUCCAUAAACAUUUGUUGAGUGCAAUUCACACAUGGAGCUAACAUUCUAAUGAGGGAAGCCAGGGGAAACCAAGUAAGUAGUUACCAAGUUUUGUAAGUGCUGGGAAGGGAACAGACAGUGGCUUGAGGUAUGAGAAUCACAGCGUGGAAAUGGUGAGGGCAGGUCCUCUAGGGCAGCUCCCCCACUUCUUUCAGAACAAAGCCAAACUCCUUACAGUGGCCCUCCAAGCCCCGAAGGAAACCUCCUGGUACCUCUGACUUCAUUUUCCGCCAGGCACUGCUUCUCACUCCAGGUACACUGGCCUCCCUGCUGUUCUUCUAACAACCAAACACUCCCACCUCAGGUCCUUGCUGGAAUGUCCUUCCCCUAGAUACCCAUACCAUUCACUCCCUCCUUUCCUUCGGGGCUCUGCUCAUAUAUCCCCCUUUCAGGAAGGCCUUCCUAACCAUCCUGUAGAAGUAGCAACCCACUGACCCACAGAAUUCCCCUACCCCUUUACCUGCUUUUAUUUUCCUCCACUAGCACUUGUCACCAUCUGCUGUAUUAGAUAUUAACUUCUUUGUUUACUGUCUGCUUCUGCCACUCAGAUAUAAUUUCCACCGGGUAAGGAUUUUGCUUUUGCUCAACUUACCUCCAGUGACAGUAUUGUCUUAGGGCAGAAAUUCAGCCAGUGGACCACAACAUCCUUCAGGGGCCAGACUUCCUGCCAAUUAGGACUAAGCAAGCAAGUAUUCUAGCUUUGAGCCAUGCUGGGAAUAAGGCAAGACAGUUUUUUUAAAAGCCAGAAUGCCCAGGUGUGUGUGGAUUGCUUACUGAGACCUAUCCCAACGUGCUCACAGCAAGACAAGUAAACACUACAAGUAACAGCUGACUUCAUGGCAUAUUUUAUAGUCUGCUGGGAGCCUUCUAAUCCACCCUCUAUCUGCUUCUUGAAACAGCCCUGAGGGUAGGCAGGGCAGGUUCUAUCAUUUCUCCAUUUACAGAUGAAGAUAAUGAGGGGUAUAGAGUUCAAGUGAGCUACCAAGGCCACAGACAAACUAAGUGGUAGAGGCAGAAUUCCUGGUUGUUUUUGACUCCAAGUACAGUGCCUCAUUUCACUCUGUGUGUGUGUGUGUGUGUGUGUGUGUGUGUGUGUGUGUGUUUAACUGUUUCUCCAUUCUGGGAUCUGACCUUGUGACCUUCUUGAAUCAUUAAGAUUCCAGGUCAAUCCUGACCCCCUGAAAGACCUUCAACAGAGGAGGCAUCUUUUCUCUAAAGACAGCACCUGCCAAGAGGCAUAGGUGAUGAGUAAACGUUUAGAGCAUCAAUUCCAGACCGGCCCCUGUGGCUCUUCAGACCUACCACAAUCUCUUCUGUCUGAUAGUCAGGAAAGGACCGUGCCCUUGGGUCCCUUCACCCCUAGCCCACCCCAAGGCAGGCCGGGCUGCAGGCCGGGCUGCAAGGGGAAAGGGGAAGGCCUCCACAAGACAGGACCGGCAGCUGCUUUCAGGUGAAAACAGAAAGAAAUCCCAGCCCCCCGCUGCUUUAUUUGUGUUAAAAAUCAAGUCGGGUGACAAUGGAAACGCUUUCCUUGCUGUCCUCUCCUUUCUGCCCAUGUUGACAGAAGACAGACCUGCUAAUUCUGGCUGGGGUUUUUCCCUCCCUGGCUGUUUUUCUCUUUAUCUUCAUCAAUUGAAGAGAGAUGUUCUGUCUUUCAAAACUGUCGAAAGGUAUCUGGGUUUUGUGUGUUUUUUUUUUUUUUUUUCUUCUUUCACAUAAUUCUGUGGGUCUUUUCCCAGAUAUGUAUUUUCUCUCAAGUAACUUCUAACUUGUUUAAGUUUCGCCCAUGUGACUUCCAGCGCGAGGUACCAGGAAAACCACAAGAGAGAGAGAGAGGCGCAAGCCCCCAAAGCAAGCGGACAUGUCCCUGUGGGGAGCAGAGCCUCUGCACCCCAGAGUGAGAAGGACGCCGGGGUCAGAGGUGGCUGCAAGGCGGGCAGAGGAGGGCCCUGCGGAGGGGGGGUGGGCUGGUGGCCCGGGAGCAGUCAGGAAGGGAGGCCGGCUGGGGACAGGAGAACCCAGAGGCGCGAGGGGCUGCGUGGAGAGCCCGGAAGACUGCGGCCAUGCCUCACAGCUCCGACAGCAGCGACUCCAGCUUCAGCCGCUCUCCGCCCCCCAGCAAACAGGACUCAUCUGAUGAUGUGAGAAAAGUUUCAGAGAAGGGAGAAAAUCGCAUUGCUGCCCAGAAGAGCCGGCAGAGGCAGACACAGAAAGCUGACACCCUCCAUCUGGAGAGUGAAGACCUGGAGAAACAGAACGCGGCGCUGCGGAAGGAGAUCAAACAACUCACGGAGGAGCUGAAGUACUUCACAUCGGUGCUGAGCAGCCACGAGCCCCUGUGCUCGGUGCUGGCCCCCGGCGCGCCCUCGCCCCCCGAGGUGGUGUACAGCGCCCACGCCUUCCACCAGCCUCACGUCAGCUCCCCGCGCUUCCAGCCCUGAGCUCCCCGAGGGCGGGAGAGAGCGGAGCCCCCAGCCCCAGCUGCUCCCAGGCCUCGGGAGGGGCACGCAGACUGUGGCCAGCGGCCCUCGUCCCUCAGCGCCCUCUCCACCCGGAGACCCGGAGGCGGAGGCCUGGACCGGGAUGGAGCACAGGACGCAGCUGCUGGACGUGUGUGCGGGCUCCCGAAGUGUGGCCGACCGCCCGGCGCCGUGGGCUGGACCUUCAUGUGGGUGGGAGGCCGGAUCCAGAGCUACGUCAAGCAUAACGCCCAAGUCCCGUUGCACAGAGGGAGGAGGGGUAGGGAAGGGUUAUUUUUCUAA